AUGGGGAACGAAGCGAGCCUGGAGGGAGGCGACGGGCCGACAGCCGGGCUACCGGAGGGGCUGGCACCCGACGGGAAGGGCGGCGUCGUGCGGGUCUCCGACGGGAGCCCCGUGGACCUGGCGGAGCUCAGCGAGGAGCAGAGGAGGCAGCUCGCCGCGGCGCUGUCAAGGGCGCAGGGCAGGCAGCCCGGAGGCGCAGCCGCCGCACGAAGACCUUCAGAAUCUGAUGCUCAGCAACGACCCCAACAGGUAGGGGCCUCCAGGGGCCCAACAGGUCUCAGUAAGAGCCGAACUGUAGACGCGUUCAACCAGAGCCCACCUGGCAAGCGCGCGCCGGGCCGGAGCCCUUCAUCCCUCAGCCUUUUUGAGUCCAGAUUCCGGCAGGAGCCAAAGGACCCUGAGACCAAGUCUUCCGGCAUGUUUGGCUCCAGCUUCCUCAGCGGGGCCAACCCCCUCAGUGCCGUGUCAUCGAUGACAUCCUCUAUGUCCUCCUCUAUAUCCUCCAUGGGCGAUUCUGUCAACAUGUCCAAGUUUGGACUGUUUGGGGAUGAGGAGGAGGGAGACGCAGCGCCUGAGUCCAAGCAGGGAGGAAAGCCACCAGGGAAAGGCCCCCAGCAAAGGCCGGGUCCAAAGGGACCACAACAGGGAGGACCCCAGAAACAAGGUCAGGGCCCUCCGGGGCAGGGGCCAAAGCCAGGGCAAGGGCCCUCUGGACCGGGACCCAGGCAAGGCCAGGCACCGCCAGGCCAGGGGCCCAAAUCAGGCCAGGGUCCUCCUGGCCAAGGACCCCCUGGGCAGGCCCCUAGGCAAGGUCAGGGGCCACCAGGACAAGGACAACCAGGGCAACAGGGCCCAAAACCCGGUCAAGGACCCCCAGGGCAACAGGGCCCAAAACCUGGUCAAGGACCCCCUGGGCAGGCUCCCAGGCAAGGUCAGGGGCCACCAGGACAAGGACCCCCAGGGCAACAGGGCCCAAAACCCGGUCAAGGACCACCAGGACAACAGGGCCCAAAACCCAGUCAAGGACCCCUAGGGCAACAGGGCCCUAAACCCGGUCAAGGACCCCAAGGGCAACAGGGCCCAAAACCAGGUCAAGGACCCCCAGGGCAACAGGGCCCCAAACCAGGUCAAGGACCACCGGGUCCAGGUGCCAAACAGGGUGGCCCUCCCCAACAAACAGGUGGGCCUCCACAACAAGGACCAGGGAAGGCUGGACCCAAGCAGCAGGGGCCACCUGGCCCCGGGGCUCAUCCUGGGGAACAACCUAAGAGUGGAGGGCCACUUGGUCAGCAGGGGCCUGGAAAGACUGGAAGUGGACUCUGUCCACUGUGUAAGACCACCCAGCUGAACACUGGGUCGAAGGACCCUCCAAAUUACAGCAACUGCACUGAGUGUAAGAACCAGGUCUGCAGCCUCUGUGGGUUCAGCCCCCCCGAUUCAGCAGGCAAAGAAUGGCUGUGUCUGAACUGCCAAAUGCAGCGGGCGAUGGGAGGUAUGGAUCCCCCCGGCAUGUCAAAGCCCAAGCAAGGCUCUGCCCCGCCCUCGCCCCAGAGACAGGCGUCUGGCAAGCCGGGCAAGCUGUUGAUAAAGCAACAGAGUACCACCGACCAAGGGUUAACGCCGCCAACCACGCCGAGGCAGAAAUCCCCAGGUCCUACCUCUCCGGGUCCUCUUUCCCCGGCCUCUUCGGCGGGAUCGCCCAAAAUUGACCCCAAGACAGGUCGUCCCAUCCAGCAGAGGACCACUCCCCAGCAGUCGCCGUCUAAAGCCAAACAGGAGUCCAGCUUCUUCGGGGGGUUUGGAGGUAUCAGUUUAGGGGGCCUGACCGAUUCGUCUAAAUCUCCUGCGGCUUCUUCUCAAGCUGCAGAGUCUGUUACAGGGAAACUGUUUGGCGGUUUUGGCGGUUUGAUGGAAUCGUCAAAGCCUCAGGCACACGCUCCGCAAAAGCAGGAGGAGUCUGUGGCUGGGAAGUUGUUCGGCGGCUUUGGAGGGUCCAAAGAAUCCAAAUCUCCUGCUGCUGCUUCUCAGAUGUUCAGCUUUGGAUCGUCCCUCUUGAGCUCAGCCACCAAUCUCGUCGCAGGGGAGGACCAAAAGGCGGCAGAGUCUCCACCCAACUCCCCGGCUGACUCCGGAGCGGGCUCCCCUCCUGACUCUGACCCCGGCUCCCCACCCGACUCCCCCUUCUCUGCGCCUGGAUCGCCCCCUGAUUCGGACUCUGCUCCUGACACCCCACCUGCCAGAUCCAAGAAACCCCCCAGAACCAUCUCUGUGGAGCAGGAAGAGAAGGCCCCAGCAGUCCAACCGGCGCCUGCCCCGGCCUCCACCACCAAGGAAAGCUGCCCUCUCUGCACCGUGGAGCUGAACGUUGGAUCAUCAGGCAUGCCGAACUACAGCUUCUGCACCGAGUGCAAGAAGACAGUGUGCAAUCUGUGUGGAUUCAACCCCACUCCCCACUUAGGAGAGAAAGAAUGGCUCUGCCUCAGCUGUCAGACCCAAAGAGCCAUGUCAGGCCAGCUGGGAGACCUGCCGCCUCCAUCCAUGGCAUCCCCAAAGAAGCAGCCAGCUGCUCCUGCUCCCUCCGCCACCCCUACCCCUGCUGCUGUAGAUAGCAAACCUGUAGUGGCAGCAGAAUUAACCCCACCAGCUCCUGAGACCAAGGUAAAAACAGCGGAAGCCUUGAAGGAGCCCGGAGAGAAGGAAAUGGCUACAAAGGUGGGAAGCCCCACCAGCCCAUCAGACAUGGCAAAGCUUGAGAAUACGGUCCUUCCCAUUCUUGAGGCCGAGGCAAACAUGCAACCAAAGGUUGAGGAAGAAAAACUAACAGACACACUAAAGGCCAGACGUAAAUUAGAGGUGCUUCCUCUCUCACCUGACUCCCCAAGCUCAGAAGACGACAGGGAACUUUCUGAGAAGAAUACCCAAGGUUCCGCAAAGAGAAAGCUCCUCGUGCCCAUGGAUAUCAGGGCAGAUUCCUUGGACGACAGCAGUGAAAGUUUUGGAAAAGAAAGUCCAAUGUCGGGAGACGAUGAGGAAUUUAUCCGAAAACAGAUCAUGGAAAUGAGCGAGAAUGAGGAUGCUUCCCCGUCUGAUGAGGAAAACCUAAUCCGGCGAAAGAUCAGAGAGGAUGAAAAGAAAAAAAUGGAACAGAGGAGAACAGAGAAUAUAGAAAGGAGCGCAUCAGGAAAAGCCAGGCGACUUACAAAGAAAAGCAGUAUAAGUCCGGAUGAUGAAGAAAAGCUACUUCGUGGCUCAUUGGAUAAAACUGAUAUAGACAAAGAGGAGGGGCCAGAACUAAAAGAAGUAGAGCGUCAAAUUGGUACUGCAGUCCGCAAGUUUCAAAGUAUGGAGCUGAAUGCAACUAGCAGCCCUGUGAGCAUUACUAAUGAUGAUAAAGAACCUGAGAUGGAAUGCCUUACAGACUCUCCAGAUGAUAAGUCGAGAGGGGAGGGGUCAUCGAGUCUACAUGCAUCCAGCUUCACUCCUGGGACUUCCCCAACAUCCCUCUCAUCACUGGAUGAAGACAGUGACAGUAGCAGUCCCAGCCAUAUCCGUUCUGAUGAGGGUAAACAGCACAGGAAGGCCAAACACAGACAACCUGGACAAAUGCUCCCAACUAUUGAAGACUCUUCUGAGGAGGAAGAGUUACGUGAAGAAGAAGAGCUUCUCAGGGAGCAAGAAAAACAGAGGGGCUCAGGGAAAAAAUCCAAGAAAGACAAGGAGGAGAUUCGAGGCCAGAGGAGGCGAGAGCGUCCGAAGACACCACCAAGCAACUUGUCUCCUAUUGAAGAUGCCUCGCCUACUGAAGAACUGAGGCAAGAAGCUGAAAUGGAGGAGAUCAGACGAUCAUCCUGCUCUGAUUUCUCCCCGAGUAUCGAAUCAGAUCCUGAAGGGUUUGAAAUCCCUGCUUCGAAGAUCGUAGCAGUCCAGAAAACAUAUCAACUGCCCAUAUCAGUAUCGCUUCACUCCCCGACAGACGAUCAAAAUACUGAUAACCCACAGAAAAAAACUCUUAAAUCCGCCGAUGAGGCUUAUGAGGAAAUAUUGCUUAGGGCUAAGUCACCAACAAUCGACAAAGGUGAGAUUCGACCAGAAAAGGAAUCCCUUUAUGGAGGCAUGCUCAUUGAAGACUAUGCCUACACGUCUCUUAUUGACAAUUCAACCGCUGAUAGGGAAGAUCCAGAGAAGAUUAUUGUUCCCGGUCAGCCCAAAAUACUGAGAUCGCCAGAUGAAGUUUAUGAAGACAUGGUAAAGAAGAGGAAGGAAUUCAUUCAGCUGGAGCAGGAAUAUCAAAAUAUGCAGCCAAAACAGAACAGCACUACUCCGGAAAUUGUGUUGCAACCGGCUGAAAAUACCCAAUCAAGAAGCAGUACAGUAACAUUGGGCAAGGAUGGAAAGCCAUUGUUGGAUGCGGAAGCUGCCUAUGAGGAGCUAAUGAAACGAGUGCUGACUCCUGGAACAAGUCCAACUCAGGAGCCAGACGUGGAAGCCACUGCAUCCAGACGGGCACUCCACCCCAUCCCAGACUUAAGAGUGACACAGUGUUCUUCAGGAGAGUUGUCAUCUGAUGAUGAGAAUAUGGUCAAAAGAGAAAAGGACGCAACUGCAGCAUCAGACACAACGUCAGCAAAAGAAACAGACACGUUUAUUGUGAUAUCUGAGUCUCCUCCAUCAUCACCUUUGGAGCAGCCUCCCAUCACUAUUGCAGUAUCCCAGGCUGAUGUUGUGGAUCUAUCAGGUGCACUCCCAAGAAUGUCACCCACUGUGAUUGCGAGUGUAUCACCCUUGCCCACAGUCCCUCAGUACACACCAGGUAUUCCCAGUCUAGUGUCAACUGCCCCGCCUGUGCCCCCAAAGCCAAAUAUAUUGCGUAGGGCCAAUUCUCAGGAAAAAGCAGAAGUACCUGUUCCACCACCACUGCCUCCUCCCACGCCACCUAAACCUACUGUUUUUCCCAGGAAACCUCCAGUUCCACUUCCACCUCAGGCUUCAGCCAUUCCGAUCCGACCAGAGACAGUGGCUAUGACCACAACCCAAGGACCAUCUACAAGACAAGCAGUUACACCAACGUACAAACCUCAUGUUCCCCCUCCCGUUCCACCAAAGCCAUCAGUUCCUGCUGGGAUUGGAGAUAGUCACAGACCAGGACAUAGUGUUAAACCACCAAUUGCACCAAAGCCCGGCUCACAGCCUUCUUCACCUGCCCAUGCCCCAUAUCCACCAAGACCCACUGUUCUUCCUACUAGUCCUACUGACGUAGCUCUGAAUCUGAGCCCCUCUUGUGAGAGCAAGUCAUUCCAACACUCACCAAAGUCUCCUUCUUCUCCAAGAUAUUGCAAUCUUCGUGACACAUAUGUGGUCAUCACGCUCCCAUCUCAGCCCAGCUCUCCAGUAGACAGUGUCUCAACUCAAGCUCCCUCUAGCCCCGGCCCAAUGUCCCCUUUACAUCAUUAUCACCGACCACAGCCUCAACCUCAAUCAUUUCCACGGCAGCAUCCACAGCCCACCCCUCCACAAACAACCAGGGUGCCUCUGGCGUACACAAAAGUCAUGGAAUCGAUUGAAAAGCAAGAGAUUUGUGAUUCAGAGAAACAUGUAUCGAGCUCUUGUCACAUAAUUGAGGCUAUAUCUGCCUCAGCUCAGCCUCCUGUUGUUAUGCCCAACCACAUCUCUCAAGUGGUAACCACAGAGGUCCAAAGGACAACCGUCUCUGUUGUUCAUGAAAGGACAACACCACCAGUGCCAGCUCCAAGGGCAAAUGGUGUACCAAUCUCAAUGGAGAAACCCAAGCCCCAAUUGCCUGCACAGAAUGGACAGGCCGUCCAACUAUCUGAGGUGGUAGAUCUGAGGACUAUGAAGGGGGAUCCAGAAUCAGACAUGAACGGAGUGGAUCUGUCUGCUGGCCCCGACUCAAGACGUCAGUCCUUUGUGACUGAUUCUAGUCGUCAAAACAGUGCAGUGCAGUCACCUGUGGUCAACCUCAGUUCUGAGUCAGCUACUGUUUCUAUAGUGACUGAUAGUAUCACCAUUGUGACCUGUGCUGCAACAAUACAGCAAUUUGACAAUGUAGAUACCUCUCAAGCAACGUCGGUGCCCCUCCAGCUCACAAAAAAUAAAGCUUUUGAGCCUGUUUGUCAAAUUGUAUAUCGGCCAAUUGAUUAUCAGCCCUCCACUCAGGUUGGUGCAGAGAUUCCUAUCAACCUCACAGUUGGAUCGAGUGUAGGGACUUUCCAGACCACCCCUGUCACAAUUGCACCAACUUCUGUCUCAAGUGUUGCCAACGGAUUAACUACUGGUACAACCACAGUUGCAGGAGCUGUUGAUCUGAGCACAUCCAAACCAUUCAACACUGUGGUAUCAAUGGACGGUGCUUCAGCAGAAGUGGUCACAGCCGUAAUGACAGACGAUGAUGGUAAACCAGUGGAUCUCACAGCAGGAAAAAGAGUGGUAUGCUGCGAUGUUUUAUACAAGCUCCCUUUUGCCGGAAGCUGCACUACUGAUCAAACUGCUACGCCUCUGCCUGAAGACCGUUUUGGAUAUCGUGAUGACCAUUACCAGUAUGACCGUUCACCUUAUGGAAUGAGGGGGUUUGGUGGAAUCAAGCCCUCGAUGUCAGACACUAACCUAGCAGAAGCUGGCUUGUUCUUAUAUAAGAGUAAGAACAGCUAUAAUUUCAGUGGCACCACAGAGGGUGCAGUAGAUCUUACCUCAACAAAGAUUUCUGAUGCAGGUGAAGCUGUUGACUACUCCAAGAAAGGCUCUUAUGCAGGAAUGACAAUUCCACCCUAUUCUCAAGCCAGAGUUACAAGUGCCGCUGGUACACUCUAUGGUACAAGCACUGUCUUGAGGUCUUCAAAUGGGGUGGUGUAUUCCUCUGUUGCGGCACCAAUCCCAUCUACGUAUGCCAUUACCAUGCAACCAGGAUCCAUCUUUAGUACGACAUAUAACACCCUGUCAGGUAUGCAUACCAGUGACACCAUGCCUUCCCUGUCCAACCUCCAGAACUUGCCACUAACCCGAUCCCACAGUUUCCUGUCCACUAGUUCCAUUACCGCAGAAGAACAAGGAGAAGUCCCACUCAAUCUGGAGAUCACAAGAGGGGUUACUUCUUCUGCUGAUCAUGUCCCCCCAGCAACAGCCUCUUUGUCCCUUGACACCUACACUGAUGCAUCCCUGGAGGCCAUAGCUGCUUCACUGGAAGCUCUUUCUUCACCCAUGGUUCCAGGGGAUGGCCAAUAUCAGGUAGAGCGGGAGAGGUUAGAGAUGGAGAAACUCAAGCAACAGCGCCUGGCUGAGGAAUUAGAGUGGGAGCGAAAUGAGAUACAGCGGUUCCGUGAGCAUGAACAGUUCCUGGUACAGAAAGAACUGGAAGAGCUGCAGGCCAUGAAGCAGCACAUCCUGACACAACAAGAAGAAGAAAGACAGGCUCAUCUAAUGAUGCAGAAAGAAACCUAUGCCCAACAACAGCAGCAGCUUGAGCAGAUUCAGCGGCUUCAAGAGCAACUGCGUGUGCAACUGGAAGAGCAGAAGUUUCGUCAGAUGUAUCCAGGUGGAGAGAUAGGGCACGGUGUGCAGGAGGCAGUUGUCUUAGGACCCGAUGGCACAGUGCUGGCAAGAAAAAUCACAGAUAGUGGAUGCCAGACAGAUGAAGAGGAUGAGGCAGUCAGCAAAGCUUACACAGCAGGGAGGAAAAAGAGAAGUGCUAAAAAGAGUGUAGACAGUUGUGUGCAGACUGAUGAUGAGGACCAAGAUGAAUGGGAAGCUCAGACCCAAAGCAGACAAAGCCGACCACGCACGGCUAGGGGUGAUAGGGGAGUUCAGUCAGAGAUCUCUGUUCAAGCCCAUACUGAAAUUUCUAUACAAACAGAUUCAGAGGGGAACAUCAGAAUGGACACCAGGAUGGAGCUGUCCGACUCUGAAAGGACCUCGCCAAAGAAACGACCAACCCCGUUGGAAAUAGGACAAUCUACUAACCUCAAAGUGGAUUCCUCUACGCUUCAAGCUCCUAAAUCUCCAAAAGUGCUCUAUUCCCCCAUAUCCCCAGCAAUAUCCCCUAGCAAGUCCCUUGAGUUUGUUUCCUAUGAGAAAUCACUGGGUGAUACAAGCCCACAAAAGCUAAGAGGAGGUGCAGAUCCAUCAAAAGCCUCUCCAGUGAGUCCAAGGGGACCAAAACCCUUGCAGAGGUCCAUGUCUGACCCUAAGCCUAUGAGUCCAACCGGAGACGAAAUGACAACAUCCGGAACCCAGUUUGGUGAUAGUUAUUCUGGGAAAAGCACUGGUAGCACACCAACAGGCACUCAAAAGAAGGUGAAGAGGACUCUCCCAAAUCCACCAUCGGAGGACGAGUCAACAACCAGUGGCCAGACCGCAUACAACACUGGUUCAGCCCGCCGGAGAAUGUGCCGCAAUUCCAACAUGGCACGUGCCAAGAUCCUUCAAGACAUUGAUCGUGAACUCAAUAUGGUGGAGCGUGAGUCCUCCAAGCUCCGGAAAAAACAAGCAGAGCUGGAUGAGGAGGAGAAAGAGAUAGAUGCUAAGCUGAGGUACUUAGAGAUGGGUAUUAAUCGGAGAAAAGAUGCACUGCUGAUAGAGAGAGAGAAGAGAGAAAGGGCCUACUUACAGAGUGUUGCUGAAGACAGAGACUACAUGUCAGACAGUGAGGUUAGCAACAUCCGUGAGACUAGAGGUGGGCGUGGAGCUGGUGAGGAUGAAGAGAUUGAAGUUCACGGUCUCGAACGUCCCAGGACAGCUCCUCAGUCAGAAUUGGAUGAGUUUCUCCCACCUCAAACCAAGCACGAGUAUGGGAAAUACUCCCAGUAUCAAUACUCUCAAAGCCAAUACCAGCAGACUCUCUACGAGUCUCCCCAGUCCUACCAGUCUCAUUCUAUCUAUUCAUCUGUCCCCUCGCUCACUAGCGCACAGCAGCAGAGUUACCAUCAGAUGCUACUGUUGCAGCAGAAAGCGGCGAGACAAGCAGCGCUGCUCUCAGAGCUGGAAGCAACUAAAUAUGAAGUCAUUAGUCGCCAGCCGGAUCCCACAUCAUCAGCUUAUCUAGGAGUCAAGUAUGACAAAUAUGGCAACCAUCUUGAUCUCAGAGCCUUGGAUGUCGGAAGUAUAGCAAGUAGCCCCAUGUCAGCUAUCUCUGAUUCCUAUUACACUGAUGUAGAUCACCAUACACCUCGGAGUUACAUGCUGCUGGAAGAUGCUGCAGAACUAGCUAAGGGCUCCACAGGUCUGUCGUCAUCUUAUAUUCUGGCUGAGAGGGAGCUAGCUAAGGCAGAGAAGCUGCUGCGAAGGAGUGCUGCGGAUCUGGGGUCUACUGACUAUCUGGGCUCCACCUCCAGACUCCAUACAUUUGGAAAGACCCCCGAUGAAGAGGAUACGAUGGAGGAACCGUAUGAACUGAAACUCCUGAAGCAGCAGCUCAAGCAGGAGUUUAGGAGAAGCACAGGUGGGACAGAAAGCUUAGAGCGCCUGACCGGCCUCUCCCAGGACUACUACACCCCCAGCACUGCCGUCUCUAGCUACUCCCAAAGACACUAUCCAAAGACAGACAAGUAUAGCAUCAGUCGACUAACUCUAGAGAAGCAGGCCGCUAAGCAACUCCCAGCAUCUAUGCUGUACCAAAAACACAAGACUCCGCUGGUAGAUCCUAAAAUCUCGUCCAAGUAUUCCUCUAUUACAGACAGCAGAGGCCUGGAAACAGACUAUAACAACUAUCUGGGCUCGACUAGUGCGUCUCCACGAUCCAGUCGACUUAUGCAGGACGAGAUUACCUUUGGCCUUCGUAAGAACAUCGCUGAGCAGCAAAAGUACCUCGGCUCAACCUUGGGUGCCAACUUGGCUGGGUCACUAAAUUUAGGCCAGAGCUUAGGUUUGGACUCUGCUUAUCCUAGUGGUAGUCGCUCAAGACCCUCAUCCAGGCCCACCUCUUGCUAUGGCCUGGAUUUGUCUCUCAAACGGGAUCCUUCGAACUCUUCACUGAGACUCAAAGGGGAUGGAGAAUCAUCAGAUGGACCAAGCUAUCAAACCCCCUCUGGUCGCACCAAACCUACCAGCCUUCCUAUUGUGCAGAGUGGACGAGGCCGGUUGCCCAUAGUGGCCCAGAACUCAGAGGAAGAGAGUCCCUUGAGCCCUGUCGGACAGCCCAUGGGUAUGGCCCGGGCAUCAGCAGGACCUCUGCCCCCCAUUUCAGCGGAUUCGAGGGACCAGUUUGGUUCCUGCCUGUCCUUGCAGGACUCCCAGCAACAUAUCAGGGAAGAGCCCACCAGGGGUAGGGGUUAUGUGCUCCUGGAUGACCUUCAGGGCACCAUGUCAGAUAGUGAAGCCCUCAGUGACUCCCUGAUGGCUUUGAACAGAGACGAUGCGACCAAUGCCUACCACCUUAGACGAGAGGAGACGGACUGGUUUGACAACCCGAGAGACGGGCGUUUGGACAACGUACAAGACAAGAGACAGGGAAAAGCCCCAUACUACCCCUUCCCUCACCUCAGGGUCAAACUGCAGCGGGAUCCCAAAGACCGCAGCGUCUCAGGAAAUGGUCUGGGUAUCCGGGUGGUUGGAGGGAAAGAGGUCCCCGGCAGUAACGGAGACAUCGGAGCCUACGUUGCCAAAGUCCUACCUGGUGGAGCCGCGGAACAAACGGGAAAGAUUCUGGAAGGAAUGCAAGUCCUGGAGUGGAACGGACUUCUUCUGACGGGGAAGACGUAUGAGGAAGUGCAGGGGCUCGUCGGGCAGCCGUGUAAUGAUGCAGAAGUCUGUGUCAGACUUGAUCUCAACAUGCUUGCUGAGUCUGAUGGUUCCCAGCAUCUGGAUUUCCAGGAUCACAGCAAAGGGGACAGACCUCCCAGGUCACCGGGCGUUGACCCCAAGCAGCUGGCGGCCGAGCUGCAGAAGGUGUCCCAGCAGCAGGCUCCCUCGUCCACCCCCGCCUCGGGUCUGCCCGCCACCAGCUCAGCGACCUCCAGUCCCGCUCAGCCGGGGUCGCCCUCCGUCAGCAAGAAACGCCACAGCAGCAAGACGACAGAGGGAGCAAAGAUCCAGUCUCAUCCCGUCUCCGGAGAGAUACAGCUGCAGAUCCACUACGACAAGCAGCUGGGAAACCUGAUCGUCCACGUCCUGCAGGCCAGAAGCCUCGCACCGCGGGACAACAAUGGCUUCUCCGACCCGUUUGUCAAAGUGUACCUGCUGCCAGGGAGAGGUCAGGUCAUGGUUGUCCAGAACGCCAGUGCUGAAAACAAGAGGAGGUCUAAACAUGCCGGCAAGAGCCUCAACCCCGAGUGGAACCAGACUGUCAUCUACAAGAACAUCCACCUGGAGCAGCUGAGGAAGAAGACCCUGGAGGUCAGUGUGUGGGACUACGACAAGAGCUCCUCCAACGAUUUCUUGGGAGAGGUCCUCAUCGACCUGUCCAGCACGGCCCAGCUGGACAACGUGCCGCGCUGGCUCCCCCUGAAGGAGCAGAGCGAGGGCGAGCACCACCGCCGCUCCCACACCAGCCAGAGCCGACACGGAUCCUCCAAGCCCUCCUCGCAGCACUCCUCCCCGAAAACCCACGGCUCCUUGCACGACAUCCAGGACUCGCCGAAGUCGUCUGUGAUCAAGAGCCGAAGCCACGGGAUCUUCCCAGACCCGGCGAAGGACACGCAGGUGCCCACUAUCGAGAAAUCUCACAGUAGCCCUGGCACAUCGAAGCCUUCCCCGUCCGAGGGCCAGAGCCACAGCCAUGGACACGGCCAGCACUCUCGCUCGCGCGGCGCUUCGCGUUCCGGCAAAAGCGCCGCGCGGCAGCACCAUCCGGACGGCGGCGCCGGAAGCAGCCGAGGCGCUGCCAUAGCACCGGGCCCCGAUGCCCCACAGCAGCCGCCGCCGCCGCAACGCCUCCAACCAAUUCGCUACCCCCCAGGCCAAAGAGGCCGCCUCUCACCGAGGCACCAGAGACACAGCGUAGUGGGCGUGCUCACCGUUCAGAGAGCCCAGUCCGAUUGGCCGCCCGCCCCGCCAUCGGCCGCGUCUGCCCCAGGGGGCCGAGCGGAGGGCCGACGCCUGACGCUCAGGAAGGCCAUGUCAGAAGAGAGGCCGCAGAGCGACGGAGCUCGGUCAGGCUACAGAUCCGGCGACGCCCCGGUCACAGCGGCCUCGCUGGACAGCGGCCUGAGUGGCAGCGCCUACAGCUUAUUGGACGAGGAGGCGGAGGCGAACGAGGUGGACAGUGCCAUCUUCCAGGUGCCCCGAUUUGGAAAGAUUCCAAACGGCACGGACCCGAUGAAAUCAUCUCUGGGACAUCUUGAUGCUGAAGGUAAAUCCCAGAUAAUGGGGGAGAUAAAGAUCGCUCUGAAGAAGGAGAUGAAGACGGAGGGCGAGCAUCUGGUCCUUGAGAUUCUUCAAUGUCGCAACAUCAGCUACAAGUUCAAGAGCCCGGACCACCUGCCCGAUCUCUACGUGAAGCUCUACGUGGUGAACAUCGCCACCCAGAAACGGAUCAUCAAGAAAAAGACCCGAGUGUGUCGUCACGACCGCGAACCGUCUUUCAACGAAACCUUCCGCUUCUGUAUGAACCCCACCGGGCACUCGCUACAGCUGUUCCUCGUGUCCAACGGGGGCAAGUUCAUGAAGAAGACCCUGAUCGGGGAGGCCUACGUGUGGCUGGACAAGGUCGACCUCCGCAAGCGGGUGGUGAGCUGGCACAAGCUGCUCGCCUCCAACGCCCAGAUCCACUCGUAGAGGCAGACCAGGACCCGAGGAGGUUUUUCUGACACGUAGGGAGGGACACCUCGGUCCGGACACUGAUCCACUCUUGUUUGAGGGGGGAGGGGGGGGAGUUUGUGAGAGCGGUGAAAAAAAAGGGCAUAAAACAUUUCUUGGUUCAGUCUUUAGCUUGAGUUCAGGAGGGGGGGGCAACAAGAUGUCUGGUGAUGAUUUCUGAGAGGAGGAGGAAGAGUUGACGCGUUUACAGGACACGAAUACGUUUACAGGACGCACACGGUGUACAGUAGUGGAGCCAGGGCCGAGCAGAAGUGCUGAGUUCAGAGGUCAGGUGCGGAAUCAACCAGGUAUUACACACUGUCAUUCACAUGCACACACAGACACACACACACACACACUUUUGCACAUAAUCAUCCACGCAGCAGAGAAAUCUUCAUUUUAACCGAUACAGGGAAUGGACUCACUUGCAGAUUGUAGUUUUAUUUAUGAUCUUUAUCCAUGGAAGUCCCCCCCCCCCCCCCCCCCCCUCAUUAUCGUCUUUAUUAUUAUGACGUGCAGAGUUUUAUUGAUUUACAACAACAACAAAGGCAUUUUUGAGAAUGAAAUAUUGAAGACUCCCCCUGACGGAGGACUCGUAUUUAUUUUUGUAUUAUGAGAUUAGCGUAGCCGCUCUAUCAUUUGUCUUCUCCUCGAUUAUUUCAAAUUGUAUCCUGGGAAGGACGUAUAGUAUAUUUUAUAACACACUACCUAUCACUCCGGUUCGAGAGGGAGAGAAAAGAAUCGAAACGAGCAUGUUUUUGAAUUUAUCAACAAAAGCAUUUAAUAAUCGUGCCCCCACCUUUUUCCCCACCUUAAAUAUAUGAUUUCAUAAAUGAUAAAUAUUAUAAUAUAUAUCAGAUUGGACAUUAUUUAUUGUGCGCAUGAGUGACUCUAUCUAUUUGGAAUGCACACAAAAAAAAAAUCACCUCCAAGGUUCACUUUGUAAAUAGGGAAGUGUCACAGCUGGAAAUCAACUAUUACAGAUUAAGAUAGAUAUAUAGAUUUAUUUAUCGCGGACAAUCGAGUCUUACUGAUUGUGACGUAGAGCUUUUAUUUGUCCAUGACACUGUUUCGAGAUCGUCUUUCUGUUUGUGAGAUCCAAGCACAUCGCAAACUCUCGUAUGAGUCCAUUCAGCGACGCGCUUGUUGUGGUAUUUUUGCACUUUUCCCGCUUAGAAUGUAAAUCCAGUCGCCAUCAAAAUGAGAUAUUCGUUUUUAUCGAGGUUGAGGAAGUGGAGAGGUGAGGAGGUGUCUUUCUGAUAUUCAUCACGUCCUGGGGAGGGUCAUCCUGCAUCUGGAGGUCAAGAAGCAGCACAGCGAGGCGACACUUGACAUCUGAGUGAUUUCUAUGCAACGUCUACUGUGUGAAGGUGGUGGCUGCGUCUUGACUUGCCAGAAGUGUGUGACACUCCAUGGGGAGAGAGGAAACCAACGAGUUUUAUUUUAUUUUGCACUGCUGUGUUUUCACGUCCUCCUUCGAACGGUCACUGCUUUAAUAUAGUUUUAUUUCUUUUUGUCAAUGUAUUGUUUUGUAUCGCCUUACAAAUCUUUGCUUAUCCCCUGUGAGACUGUGUCACAUGGUGUAUUAUAUUUGUUUACAGUACAUAUCAGGUGUACAUACAAGAGUAACGUGGAGAGAUUUUGGUUUUUAUACACAAUGUAGUGCUUGUUUACAACGUUUAGAGGGGCCUGAAACUCAGAGAACCAACAUUUAUGCCCUUUGUGCACGAUCACACACUCACCUAAGGAGAUCCUCAAUUUCACUUAGUUGCAAAUCAAAAUAUGGAAGAAAAAAAUAACAUUCCUAUACGUACUUCUCCCCGGUGUGUGUUUGAGAAGCGACCCAAAAAAAUGGAAUCACAACAGUAGUAGUUUUGAGGUCACUAUGGUGUUAUCAUCUCUUUUCUUAUUUUUAUAUCCAUGUGCUUGUGUGUGCAGCGUCCUCACGCCAAGUCCACGCACGUCACCGGCCUCCAAUGAGUAUCCCUUCGUUAAGAGUGUCGUCCGUCUAACAAAAAAAUAUCAACUUUAAAAUCUCGCUACACAAAAAGAAUCACACAAGCUCAUACACAAACACACACAGACGCCAUCCCCCUAUUUCCAACCUUGUAAAUACAUAGCUUUUUAUACCGGGGGUUUGGGGGAGCAAUAGGUCUUUUAGCGGACGGGUUAAAAAAAGAACGGUGUGUGAUCAUAGAAGUAACAGGACGUAGUUUAUUCUCUUGAUCAGUGUCCAGUGGACGGGGCUGAGACACGACCUCACGUCCUCCUGAACGGACGAACUUUGACCCGAACCCUUUACACCACGACACGGAGGGUUCACCGGAGUCCAACGACACAGACUAUCGUCUAUCUUAACAGCUCGAGUAGUUGCAGGAGAAUUUAAAUGUGCUCACACUGGAUGUUGCAUGUUUCGUUGGUGGUUCAUACUAUUUUUGUGUCCAGAUAUUACUAAAGAAAUAAAAAAACAAAGGAGAUAGAGAGAUAGAGAGAGAGACAUAUAGAACAAAAAUGUUAUAGAGGCGAGGGGGGGGGGGGGGGGGAGAUAUAUGAAGAAAACUUAUUCAAAUUAUCGAUGAUGUAUGCUGACUGUACAAAGAUUAUGCUUGUAAAACCGGUCUGGUUUUUCACUUGUAAGUAAACAGAAAAAAAAAUCUAACGUCAUGGUUUUGUGAUUGUAUACAGGAGGUAUUGAUAAAUUAUGCAAAUUGUGCUGUAAAAAUGGCUGUUGCCCCAUGUCUAAAUAUUAAAUAUCAGUA